UAUUAGCAAGUGUGUUUGCUGCCUCUCCUGUUCAACUCUAGUGACUCAGUGCCUUUUUGGAGUUUACCCCCUCACCAUCUUAACACACUGGCCUUCACCAUGCUCACGGAAUCUACUUUGGACAAUUAGAUUUUUUUGCACUCGAUUAACAAGGUUCCACCUGAGGAUUGUAUGGGGGGGUUAACAAACCGGGCAGCAUUAACAUCAACCAGGUGGAACCAGCACAACGGGACAGGACGAGGUCAGCUGAGGCUUCCACAAGCAGUCACACUAUGACUAAUAAAACUGAAGCAUCUGGAGCAGGGCCCAUCAAUAUGGAAGUCCGAAAUCGGGAAGUCAUAAACUUGACACCUCCUCGGGUGAUGAACCACGGCUUUGUGGGGGUCUUCAAACGUCCUGUGCAGUGGAUGAUCAUCAUUACGCUUCUAAUCUCCUGGUCUGCAGCUGGAAUAUUUAUGUUUGACUUUGUCUCUGAUGACCAGCUGACAAAUCUACAGCACAUAAGUUCAGAUCCCAUGGCAGCUGUGAACGAAGCUGUCGAGGGCUUUACAGGCAAAAUGAGCAACUUAAAUGACAUUUUUAGUAAUGCACAUGACUACGUUGAUACUGUAAUCACCAAUCCAAUGGGUGCCAUUAAUCAGUGGGCUGAUGCCUCGACGUCGUUUCUCUUACAUGAGACAAAAGGAGUCACUUCAUAUCUUAAACCCGGCAGUGAUGUAUUAAAUGAAAUGAACGACUGGGUUAGAAGCCUGGUUGUAUAUUUAUUCCACAUGUUUGAAGAUCUGUUGGAAGUGGUGAUUUUCAAUCCUCUGGAAAUGGUUGCUGGAGCAGUCGCAAAGAUUUUAGACAUAGUCAAGGUCGUCUUGAGGUCUUUCACAGGAAUGUUUAAGAGUGCCGAAGUUUGGAUUCCUAAAACCAGCACAAGUCCUAUGGAAAUAGCCAGCGAUGUUCUUGAAGGAGCACAAAACCUCAAAAACAACAUUGUUUCCAUUUUUGCUGGUGAUGAAGGUGUUGUUUCAGACCUUAACUUUGAUCCUAUGAAAGUUGUCACAGACACCGUUGAGGAAUUCUCUGACCGUAGGGACAUGUUUUUAGCAUAUCUCUCUAAUAUCUUGAUGGCGGAUAAAGACGACACACCGCAUGUGAUCAGGAGAAAAGGAGAAUUUCUGCCACCUAAGGAAAAAGUUGCAGAGAUGCUGGUCAGGAAAAAGGAUGCAGCCUAUCAUAGUCUGAAAAGCAAGCUUUUGAAGGCGGAAAUUGCUAAAUGGGACAUGAGCGACGUUGAGGCUACAGAGAUCAAGGACCAAAGAAAGGGAUCUGAAGCGGAGGAAGAUGAUGAUGUCAUCUUGGCAGAAUUACUGGAUAAACAGAGCGAUAAGGAUCCAGGAGAAGGUAUGGAAGAUGUUGCUUACAUCCUGGAUGACAAGGAAGCAUCUGGACUAAAGGAAGAACAUCAGGAAACUGACUCACCUGAAGCUGUAUUGGGUGAAGUCAUUGAGCACAGUGAAGUGGUAAUGGAGGUAAUUCAUGAGAUUGCACUUGAAAACCCAGUUAAGACUACCAAGGAUUCUCUCACUGAUGAAGGAGGAGAAAAUGAGAAGUCAGAUGAACACCAACCUCAAACAGAUGACACAUCUUCAGAGGUUGCAUUUGAGAAGACAGUUUAUAUUUAUAAUGUUGGUGAUGAGGUUCAGACAAUAAAAUCUAUGGCAACAAUGGAUGACGAAGACCAAACCAAUGUAGACACUCACUCAGAGGAUCUUAGUGAAGAGAAACCAGUUGAAAAUGCUGAGGUUUCUGAUGUCACCGGUGAUGAGGAACCAGCACAAUUACCUCAUAAUGCAAUCAACAAGAUAGAUGAAGACCAAACUAAAGCUGGUAACACUUUCUUAGAGGCCACUAUUGAGGAGGAAUCUGUUGAUUUCACAGAUUCAAAUUCUGAGGAUAAUACUUUAAAACCUUCCAUGAAGAAAGAACCAGUUGUUUCUGGUGUCUGUGGUGAAGAAGAACCAGAAAAAAUACCUGAUGCUGUAAUAAAUGAGAGUGAUGAAGAUCAAACUAAAACUGGUGAUACAUUUUCAGAAACCACAACUAAGGAGGAAUCUUUUGCUUCCAAUGUUGAAGAAUUAAAACCACCUGCAACCAAAAGCACUGAUGAAGACCAAGCCGAGACAAACGUACCUUUCUAUGAGACCAUGUUUGAAAUGGAAUCAGUUGAUGUUUCUUUUGUUGUUGAUGAAGAGAAACCAAUAAACUCAACACAAGUUCCUCCAAAAGACACUGACAAAGAAGAAAUUAAAACAGAUACUUAUAUAGAUACGGUUCUUCAGGAGUUAGCAACCAGCAAAUCAUCUCUUGGUGCUCAAAAUGGAGUCAAAUAUAACGUGGAACAUAAAUUAAAGGUAGAUGAGAUUAAGGAAGUAAAGGAGAAAGAUAAUGGUGAAGAUUCCCAAGAAGUAGAAUCAAACGAUGACGUGGUCCAUGCUCAGAUUCAUACAGGAGACGAUGGUAUUCAGAGUGACGAUGAAAAUAAUAACAACAAUGAUAAAAAGAGACAUGUGGUUAACAGAGUUGACGUAAAGCAUGGAGCAAUGACCAAGGAAACCGGUGAUCAAGAAGACAAGCUUCAUGAAGAGAAUGAAAAAGUUCUGGAGCAAGAAAGAAUUGCCAAUGAGAAAAAAGCUCAGGAGGAAGUAUACAAAGCCAUUCAGGAUAUGCGUGCUAAAAAGGCAGCAGAAGAAACAGAAAGGAAAUUUGAUAUAGAAAAAGAGAAGAUAAAAGAAAUGGUGAAACUAAAAGAAAAGCGUGAAGAGAACGUAAGCAAGAUUGCAGAACUCAAAGAGCCUGAAGACUAUGAUGAGACGGUUAACGUUACAGUUAAAGCUGUAAAUGUCACCAUGGAGAAAAUUGUGCCACUUGUUAUAAAGAGAGAACGGGAAGCUGCUCCAAAAGAAGAGGCCAAACCAAAACCUACACUAAAAGAGAAGGCAAAGCUUAAACCUGUUUCCAAAGAAAAGACAAAACAUGUACAUGCCUCAAAAGAGCAGACAAGGACAGAACCUGCUCUACAAAAGAAGUCAAAACUUGAACCUGUUUCAAAAGAAAAGGUAAAAGAAGACGUCAAAAGCAAACCUACUCUGAAAGAAAAAGCCAAACCAGAAGAGGCUCAAAAACAGAAAAUAAAAGAUGAAUCUUUCCUGAAACAUGUUUCAAAAGAGAAAGCAAAACCAGAACCUGUUCCAAAAGAAAAGGCAAAACCUGAACCAGCUGCAAAAGAGAAGGCAAAACCUGUAUCUGCUGCAAAGGAGAAGGCAAAACUUGAACCAGCUCCAAAAGAGAAGGCAAAACCUGUAUCUGCUGCAAAGGAGAAGGCAAAACUUGAACCAGCUGCAAAAGAGAAGGUAAAACCUGUAUCUGCUGCAAAGGAGAAGGCAAAACCUGAACCAGCUCCAAAAGAGAAGGCAAAACCUGUAUCUGCUGCAAAGGAGAAGGCAAAACUUGAACCAGCUGCAAAAGAGAAGGCAAAACCUGAACCUGUUCCAAAAGAGAUAGCAAAACCAGAAACUGUUCCAAAAGAGAAGGAAAAACCUGAACCUGUUGCAAAAGCAAAGGGAAAACCUGAACCUGUUCCAAAAGAGAAGCCAAAACCUGAAACUGUUCCAGAACAAAAGGCAAAACCAGAACCUGUUGCAAAAGAAAAGGCAAAACCAGAACAUGUUGUAAAAGAAAAGGCAAAACCAGAACCUGUUGUAAAAGAAAAGGCUAAACCAGAACCUGUUUCAAAAGAAAAGGUAAAACAUGUACCUACUACAAAAGAGAAAACAAAACCUGAGUCUGUUUCAAAAGAGAAGGCAAAACCUAAAACUGUUCCAAAAGAGAAGGCAAAACCUGAAGCUGUUUCAAAAGAGAAGGCAAAACCUGUAUCUGCUACAAAGGAGAAGGCAAAACCUGAACCAGCUCCAAAAGAGAAGGCAAAACUUAAACCAGCUGCAAAAGGGAAAGCAAAACCAGAACAUGUUCCAAAGGAAAAGGCAAAACCUGAACCUGUUCCAAAAGAAAUAGCAAAACCAGAAACUGUUCCAAAAGUGAAGGCAAAACAUGAACCUGUUCCAAAAGAGAAGGCAAAAUCUGAACCUCCUCCAAAAGAGAAGGCAAAACCAGAACAUGUUCAAAAAGAGAAGGCAAAAGCCGAAGCUGUUCCAAAAGAAAAGUCAAAACCUGAAUCUUCUCCAAAAGAUAUGGCAAAACCUGAACCAGCUCCAAAAGAGAAGGGAAAACCAGAACAUGUUCCAAAGGAAAAGGAAAAACCAGAACAUGUUCCAAAGGAAAAGGCAAAACCUGAACCUGUUCCAAAAGAGAUAGCAAAACCAGAAACUGUUCUAAAAGAGACGGCAAAAUCUGUACCUGACCCAAAAGAAAUAGCAAAACCAGAACCUGUUCCAAAAGAGAAGGAAAAACCUGAAACUCCUCCAAAAGAGAAGUCAAAACCUGAACAUGUUCAAAAAGAGAAGGCAAAACCUGAAGCUGUUCUGAAAGAGAAGGCAAAACCAGAACAUGGUCCAAAAGAAAAGGCAAAAACAGAACCUGUUCCAAAGGAAAAAGGAGAAACUGAACCUGUACCAAAAGAAAAGGCCAAACCAGAACAUGUUCCAAAAGAGAAGGUAAAACCUGAACCUGUUCUGAAAGAGAAGGCAAAAACAGAACAUGUUCCAAAAGAAAAGUCAAAACCUGAAGUUGUUCCAAAAGAGAAGGUAACACCUAGACCUGUUUCAAAAGAAAAGGCAAAACCUGAUCGUGUGCCAAAAGAAAAGGCAAAACCAGAACAUGUUCCAAAAGAGAAGGCAAAACUUGAAGAUCCACCAAAAGAGAAGGCAAAACCUGAACAAGCUCCAAAAGAGAAGGCAAAACCAGAACUUGUUCCAAAAGAGAUGGCAAAACCUUUAUCUGCUGCAAAGGAGAAGGUAAAAACUGAACCAGCUCCAAAAGAGAAGGCAAAACCUGAACCUCCUCCAAAAGAGAAGGCAAAACCAGAACAUGUUCAAAAAGAGAAGGCAACACCAGAACAUGUUCAUAAAGAGAAGGGAAAACCUGAAGCUCCUCCAAAAGAGAAGGCAAAACCAGAACAUGUUCAAAAAGAGAAGGCAAAACCUGAACCUGUUGCAAAAGAGAAGGGAAAACCGGAACCUGUUCCAAAAGAGAAGGCAAAACCAGAACAUGUUCAAAAAGAGAAGGCAAAACCAGAACAUGUUCAAAAAGAGAAAGCAAAACCAGAACAUGUUCAAAAAGAGAAGGCAACACCAGAACAUGUUCAUAAAGAGAAGGCAAAACCUGAACCUCCUCCAAAAGAGAAGAGAAAACCUGAACCUGUUCCAAAACAUAAGGCAAAACUUGAACCUGUUCCGAAAGAGAAAGAAAGACCUGAAGCUGUUCCAGAAGAGAAGGCAAAACCAGAACAUGUUCAUAAAGAGAAGGCAAAACCUGAACCUGUUGCAAAAGAGAAGAGAAAACCUGAAUCUGUUCCAAAAGAGAAGGUAAAACCUAAAGCUGCUCCAGACCAAAAGGCAAAACCAGAACUUGUUCCAAUAGAUAAGGCAAAACCUGAAGCAGUUCCAAAAGAGCAGGCAAGACCGGAACAUGUUCCAAAGGAAAAGGUAAAACCAGAAACUGUUUCAAAAGAAAGGUCAAAGCCUUUAACUCUUGCAGAAGAUAAGGCAAAACCAGAAACUGUUUCAAAGGAGAAGGCAAAACCUGAAACUGUUCCAAAAGACAAGGUAAAGCCUGUAAUUGCUCCAAAAGAGAAGGCAAAGCCUGAACCUGCUUCAGAAAAGAAGGCAAAAACAGAGCCUGUUUUAAAAGAGAAGACUAAACUUGAACCUGCUCCAAUAGAAAAGGCAAAACCAGAGCCUGCUCCAAUAGAAAAGGCAAAACCAGAGCCUGCUCAAAAAGACAAGGCAAAACCGGAACAUAUUCCAAAAGAGAAGGCAAAAUCAGAACCUGCUCCAAAAGAGAGGGUAAAACCUGAACCUCCUCAAAAAGAGAAGGCAAAACCAGAACCUGUUCCAAAACAUAAGGAAAAACCAGAACCUGUUCCAAAGGAGAAGGUAAAACCAGAAUCUGUUUCAAAAGAAAAGGCAAAACCAGAAUCUGUUUCAAAAGAGAAGGCAAAACCUGAACCUGUCCCUAAAGAAAAGGCAAAACCAGAAUCUGCUCCAAAAGAAAAGGUAAAGCCUGUAAUUGCUCCAAAACCGAAGGCAAAGCCUGUAAUUGCUCCAAAGGAGAAAUCUAAACCUGAACCUGUUGCAAAAGUGAAGGCAAAACCAGAACCUCCUCCAAAAGAGAAGGCAAAACCAGAACAUGUUCAAAAAGAGAAGGCAACACCAGAACAUGUUCCAAAAGAAAAGUCAAAACCUGAAGUUGUUCCAAAAGAGAAGGUAACACCUAGACCUGUUUCAAAAGAAAAGGCAAAACCUGAUCGUGUGCCAAAAGAAAAGGCAAAACCAGAACAUGUUCCAAAAGAGAAGGCAAAACCUGAAGCUCCACCAAAAGAAAAGGCAAAACCAGAACUUGUUCCAAAAGAGAUGGCAAAACCUUUAUCUGCUGCAAAGGAGAAGGUAAAAACUGAACCAGCUCCAAAAGAGAAGGCAAAACCUGAACCUCCUCCAAAAGAGAAGGCAAAACCUGAACCUCCUCCAAAAGAGAAGGCAAAACCAGAACAUGUUCAAAAAGAGAAGGCAACACCAGAACAUGUUCCAACUGUUGUAAAAGAAAAGGUUAAACCAGAGCCUGUUUCAAAAGAAAAGGUAAAACAUGUAUCUACUACAAAAGAGAAGACAAAACACGAACAUCUUCCUAAAGAGAAGACAAAACCUGAUCAUUUACUAAAAGAGAAGGCAACACCUGAACAUGUUCCAAAAUUGAAGGCAAAAUCCGAAACUGUUCCAAAGGAGAAGGCUAAACCCGAACCUGUUCCAAAAGAGAAAACAAAACCUGUACCUGCUCCAAAGGAGAAGGCUAAACCCGAACCUGUUCCAAAAGAGAAAACAAAACCUGUACCUGCUCCAAAGGAGAAGGCUAAACCCGAACCUGUUCCAAAAGAGAAAACAAAACCUAUUCCUGCUCAGAAGGAGAUUGCAAAACAUGUACCUGCUCCAAAAGAAAAGGCAAAAGCAGAACCUGUUUCAGAAGAGAAGGCCAAACCCAUACCUUUUCAUAGGAAAGGGGCUGAAUUGGCCAAAGAGGAGGUCCCAAUAAAGAAAGAGCCUGAAGUUGCCAAAAAGGCUAUACCAAUCACAGUGAAGAAAGAGCCGGAAGCCGCUAAAGAAACACAGAUCCCUGUGGUGUAUCCCAGUGCCAAAGAUAUUGCUGUGGAAGUAGAGCUUCUUAAAGCCAUCAACCAAAAGCUGUCCAUUCUAGAUAUACUGAGAAAAGACAUUGGUGAAAUAAGAACUGAUCUGGAGGUCACGCAAAGCCAUAUCGAUCAAUUGAGGAUGGACAAUCGAACACUCAAAGCACCCAAGGAAUUCAAGGAAAAAGUAAAACCCGCAGUGAUGAAGAAAGGUACCUUGAGAGCGAAGCCUAAAAUAUCAACUGUGAUUAAAGGAAGGGAAACUCUAAAAAACAUCACUAAAGCAGCCAGUGUGAAGAAAGAGCGUGUGCUGAAGAACAUCACUAGAGCGGUGUUUGGAAAGAAAGAACAAGCUCCAAAAGAAAUUGUCCAAAAGGACGGGCUUCAACAUAAAAAGAAAGAAAAAGCCCCUGAGAUCACAUUUCCUGAAGAGAAAGAAACAAAAGAUGAGCCUGUGGUGACCAAAGCUCCUGAACCAGCAGAAGAGGAAGAAGUCCCAUACUUUCAGUGUUUCUACGUGGACGAAUAUGACAUCCAGUAUCCCUUCUUCCCAUUUUCACCACCUUUCUUAUGAAGGUCACCAGCAUCUGGUUGUGUGAAAUGUUGACAUCUACGAUACAUACAUUAACCUUCAAAGGUUACUGAUACACUAUUGGUCCUCAACGUCGAAAUCAAGGAAGUCGGGGACAAUUACUGUUAAUGAGCUUUCAAAACCGGGACAAUACAAGCAAUUCCAUUUACUGUCUACGUGUGUCUCGUUCUAGAUAUGUUUAUGCUACUGUAGAUUUGUUUAGUCUAGUAUUAGUAUUUAGUAUUUCAGAUAGUAUAGAAGCAGUUCAGGUUUGUACUUUCUUUUUCGUGUUUUGUACACUGAAUGUAAAUCUAAUAAGGAAUGGCAGAAAUGUGUGUCUGUGAAAGCUCUGACAGGCGACGAAGGAAAGAAGCACUCGUCCGAUCACAGAAAAUGUUUGUAAACGUUUUAAGCGUGUUAAGAGACGAGGUUUUAAACCUACACCUGAAUAUGCAAUGGUACUUGUGCCUCAUUUUGAUAGAGUGCUGAUUCAACGCAUUCUACUUACGGUUAAUCAAAAUGAUGGAUGAAAUAGAUUUCCUAUCACGAUGUAACAAAAAACUUCACAGAAAUCGAAGUUUAUGCAGCCACUAAAGGAACACUGUGAAGGUAUGCAGUAUCUUAAAGGAUGGAUUUGUGGACUGUGAAGUUUGCUGUAUAUAUUUCUCAUUCUAUGCUUUUCAGUCUUUUAUAUCUGCAAAUGCUGAAUGACUUUUCCAAACUAAUAUUUGUAGCUGGAUUUCAUAAUAUUUAAGUAACCAAAGCUACAAGCACUAAUUCCAUCAUCCUGUGGAAACUCCCAAAGGCAUGCGAUUAUGGGACCUUGAUGUUAAAUUAUUCCUUCAUCCUUUAAGGAAAGAUAAUGCAUUUAUGAGGUCAUCCAAUGCCAUCAUUAUUUAUUUAAUCACUAAACUGUGAUUAGAGGAAGGGCAUAGAAACUAGUGUUUACAUGAUUAUUAAAAUAUGAUACGUUAGAAAUAUGUCAAGUUAGAAAUGUGUAAACAUUAAGAAAUAGAUUAAGGAAUAAAACCUGACACAACAUGCUGUUAUUGCAAUUUAAUGGAUGAUGUGUUGGUGUGAAGCAGCCCAACAUGAAGCACAGUCACGACACGAUCCUGAAAGUUUUAUUUGUUUUAUACGAAAAACAAAUUGUCAACGAAUACAUUUUUAAAAUGAUCUCAUAACAGGAUGUAGUACUUUUUAAUUGUUUAUAUUUACAUUUAAUGCCAGCUAGUUAGUCAGUUAGUUUGUUACAUUAAAUCAGCUGUAAACAUCUGGUUAAAUUUUCUGUAACAAGGAUUGACAUUUUACUGAUAAACUAAAAAGGUCUUGAGGACCUAAGGACUUUCUUGUGAUGGAAAACUUAAAGUUGCAAUUUGUUACUACAGAAAUAUUAACGUAUUAAAACGAACGUGUCGAUAUAAACGUGACUAAAAGCCAGAAAUAUAGUCAGGACUGACUGCUGUUAUAAAAAAUAAAUCAACACCUUCUGACCAAUCGGAACUGAGAAUUCAACAGCGCUGUGGUGGAACGUACAAUCUCAACUCCAACCAUGACUCAAUUUUGUGUUUUGAAACACAGUCCUGGCUUGUCCUGGCUGGUGCAUUGAGUACGUCUUGUAAAUCUUUGCUAAUUCACUAUUUCCAAGAAUAUCUACAGACAUAUCUGUAGUUUACAUCGUAGAUAUGAACUGAGUUUGAUGCUUACAAGAAUAAGCCUUUUGUAUUUGCAUGAUAUUACUCAAAAGAACAACUUACAUCAGUUUAACUGACCAAAGAUGAUUAUUAUUGAUGCAAUUGCAUUGACAGUUUUGAGAAUUUUGGGCCAACAGUUCCAGGUAUCUUGUUUUGAUGAAUAUUGGUGCUUUAAAACCAAUAUUUUUGAUAAUACUUUGGUCCAAAUUGAACAUAAAGAUGAUAUUCAGCUUGGAAUGAGUCCAUGUAUUUUAAACAUAGUCUAAUAAUAAUCUUUUGAGAAAUGUUCCUUUAACUGCGUACAUUAUUUAUUUAUGUAAUAUUUAAUAUUCUAGCACGAUCACAGGCUGAUUAUAACAAAUCGGACUCUUCUAUCAUUACAACUCACAGAUUUUACUCUAGAGUAAAAAAAAACGGUUGAGAGUUAAGUCUAAGAAGAGCCGAGAAUUUUGCAGAAUAUGAAUAAUGACUGAUUAGAUCAUUAUUAAAUGUUUUAUAAAUGGCAAAUCCGAAAAUCUCGUAAAGAUACAUAUUUAGUUUAAAAAAAAAAAGAUCUUGCCAGCACAUUUUAAUAAACAUGUCAGUCUUAUCUACUUUAAGGUAAACUGUGCUUGAUUCAGAUGAAUUUUUAAACUGAAUCAAACCUCAUGUUUACUGAGACUUUUUCAUUCGUUUAUUAUUUACUUGAGAAAAUCUGUCACAUAUCAUGACUUAAAAGAUAAUUUUUGCUGCAUAGUUUUUUUUAAACAGCUUCAUACACAAAUUUUGUGUUCAAUAAAACAAGCUCAUUAUAUAAAAUGCUUGUUUUGAAAGCUGUUAGAUGUUUUCUGAGAUGUUGAUGAGAACUCUAAGGAAGGCGACAAUGGUGUUGUAUAUAGAAGAAAUACAGCGCAUGUUUUAAGGCACGGUGCUCCUCACACCAGCUUGGUUUAAAUUGUUCAAAUUGUCUACAAAUGCUGUAUACUGCAUAACAAUUGGCAUCUGUAUUUCUAUUUCUUUUUUGUUCAGAUUCUCAGCCAAAAUGCAUGAGGUGUGUUUUCUGCUUUGUGUAAAACUGCAGUUAGAGUAAAAACUCAUCUAAAAUCCUGGCUGAUAAAAUGAACAAGUAUGUGAGUGAGGUUUUUUUUUUGUUGUUUGUUUGUUUGUUUGUUUGUUGGUUGGUUGUUUGGUUUUACCCCAGCGGUUGUCAAAGUGACAUCCGGGGACCUCGAGGGGGCGUAGAAAAUUCACAAUUCUGCAAUUCACAAAUCUACUUUGAAUAAAUGUUUAUGAAUACUCUGAUAUGUAUUG